AUGGCGAAAGGCAGGUCAAGAGCAGCUGCUCCAACUUCUUUCAAGGAGGAGAAGAAGAAGCCAGUCAAGGCCAAAGCUGCUACUUUAGUGAAGUGCCAGCCUUACAAGAUCCGUCCCACGCGAGCGGCGGCUCCAUCUUCCUUCAAGGAGGAAAAGAAACCCGCUCCUGCUGCAGCCAAGAAGAAAGCUGCUCCAGUAGUUGCUCGAAAGAGGUUUACACCUCCCAGAAAGGCAGCUCAACCUCCUCCUGCUACUAAAUUCAUGACAUGUCCCGAAACGGGAGAGAGAGUGUUUGUGGGCACUGUCACUCUAGCCGAUAUGAAAAACCCUCCCAAAGGAGAAAAGCGCAAGAUUCUAUUCAAAGUUCCCAGUGCCAAGAUACGGCAAACUCUCUACGAUGAACUGGCAUUGUGUUUGGACGAUCGCGAGACGCGGCUCUUGCCCAAGUACGGGGGACGUCCCUGGAGUAUCAUUUGCCGUGUCACUGACAACGCCAAUGCGGGUUCUCCCUUUUUCCGUUGGUUCCGAGGAAAGCUAGAACUUGCGGUGUUGCCACAUUUGUUGGAAAAAAUCCCGGAUCCACCCAAGUUUCCCGGAUAUGAACAGACUGCCGAGGGCGUCCGUCGACUCAGGGAUGCCCAAGACUCGGAUGCGGAGGAAGAGCCGGAAGAAGAGUAUGACAAUUUGACAGAGGAAGAAGUCCAGCGAAUGGAAUCACUAGUAGGCAGGGAAGUCUCGGCAUUGUCACAGGUUGCUUGGGAUCAUCGCAAGGAUACCAAGUCAGGUGCUCCUCUUCCCACCAUUACACUCAAAUGGACGUGUCCCCUUCGGCAAAUCUUUCAGUCUCGCAAGGCUGCGUGGGAUCAUGCCGUAGAACUUGCCAAAGCGGAACAGUUUGUCGACCGGUUCAUCUAUGGACGUGGCAAGAAUGGUUGUGCCUUAAAGCCGUUUCGACCGAAUCGGAAACAGACACUGCAGGCUGGAAAGGUCCGGUUUCUGAGGGAUGGACUCUGGAUUGUUGGACAAGAGCAGAAUUGGCAAAAUGAUCGCUACAAGAAGAUGUACGCCAAGCAAAAUCGACAACCAGCUCUCAAAGUUGACGGAGAAACCGACGUGAAAGCCGUGGCAAGUUUGAGCACCACUGCUUCUACGGAACCACCCAAAAAGCGGAAACGAAUGACGGGAAUGCAACUAUUUGUGACUGUCCACCGUGUGGCUCAUCAGGAAGCCCGCUUCAAAGAGUUAAAGGCUGAAGCCAAACGCAAACCCAGAAAGAGAAACUACGACAACAAACCAGUCGCUGAGGAAGAGGACAUGGAUCAAAAGCCCAAGAGCAAGACUUUGGAAAAGGUAGGGAUGCCUACUCCUCCCCCUGUCAAAAGCAACAACAAUAGCGCCAAGCCAGCUGGCGUUGUAAAGUUUGGUUUGGCUGAUGCGGAUCGAGAGUUGCGGACUUUAUGGAAACAAGAGUUAUCCGCCGAACAACGCAAAUCCUGGGAAACCAAGGCCCAAGCAUCCUUCCAUCAAAAGCUUUACAACGACGAUCGCCUUCGUUCUGCACAUGCUGAAAAGGAUGGAGAAUACACUGGCAGUGGUGAUGAAACAGAUGACGAAGUUGCCGAUGAAGAUUCCGACAAAAAACCGGCUGCCAAAGCGAGAUUAUCCAAAGUCAAGAGCAAUAAUGGCGCAGCGUCCGAUACUAGUGAUGAAGACGAUGUCGAAGAAGUUCAGUUUGCCACUGACAACGAACGCGCCAUUUGGGAGAUUAUGAGCGAAGCCGAACUUGAAUGUUGGAAGGGCCGGGCUUCAGAGACUUUGGCUAAUAUUCAACGCGACAAAAACACGAUUCCUCCCCACCCACUUGAACCUUACUUGGCCUACCAACGUAAGAUUCACUAUGCAUAUUUUAAUGGCGAGUCACCGGAGGACUAUGAAGAACGCAACCUCAAGCGUUUGAAAGGGCCUGCACGACGACAAUACAUUAGUGACAAUCGGAAGCAAAAGGAGCUCCUAGCGCAGGGCUUGAAAAUAUUUCCGGCCGAUUCGUAUGCACUAUUGAAGGAGGAGAUUGAAGGUUGGGUCACCAAGGGCCUUGCCUCUGCCAAAAGAAAAGCGACGAAACGACAAAGGAAGGCGGCGAAAUCUACAGCAACUAGAGCAUCUACAUCUGGCCACCUCCGUGUCAAGCAAGGGAACGAUGACGACCCAGAGCUGAAAACUCUGUGCUCGCCUGCGGCAAGCCGCGUGCCGUCUAGUGCCAACACCUCCACUCCCAUUUCACCGUCGCCACCACUUGGCGAGCCAGCUGGUGUGAGUCCGAAUAGGGGGAGCCAGGUUCAAGAAGUGGCUACUCAUGCUGAUGACAAUGGCAAGCUGGGCAACAGUGUGAACGAGGAAAGUGCCGAGAUUCGCUUUCGUAGGAAUUAUGAAGCGGAAGAAGCCGCAGCAAAAGCAUUGCGUGAGCAGGAGACGAAGAAAGUGGCAGCAGCUGCCAAAAAGCAAGAAGAGGAGGAAGAAGCAGAAGCUAUCUAUUUCGAACCUACAACCCACUACUGCUUGACGGAAAAACAAAUCAAACUAUGCCACGACGCUUGCAUGGAACACUUCGAAGACGUCAUGAGGACUGUGAAAGCCAAGGACUUGACGCGGGAGCUGGCAGAUGGGUUUGAUGUCUUGAGGGAGCGUGGAAGAGGAAGAUAUGACAUGGAAUUACCAGUGUUUGAAACAAAGAAGUUUGACUUUCUCAAUGACAUCAGCAAAGCACCUUGGAUGCCGAUUGUGAAGCAAGUGUUGGGUGACGAUGUUGUAUUGAUUCACAAAGGGUGCUUCCUUUCGUUGCCUGAUGCCGCGAACCAGAAAUACCACCAGGACGGUCCCCACUUGCACCCUAACAGCCAAAAGCCGUGUCACUCCGUCAACGUCUUUACGCCAUUGGUGGACAUGACUAUGCAGCACGGGCCCACUGAAUUCUGCUUGGGUUCACACAUUUUGGGCCAAGAGGAUUGGGAAAAGCGCUACAUUGAAACGCCGCUGCCAAGAAAGGGUGUCCCUGUCAUGUUUGACUAUCGUUUGGGGCACCGCGGCCUUGCCAACACCAGCAAGGAACCUCGUCCUAUUGUGUAUUGCACAUACGCAAGAGCCCGAGAUGGCAAGGAGUUUCGAGACUCGGUCAACUUUAGUCGCAAACGUUAUCGCAAGCUGGGAGAGAUGGUGGAAAAGCCCAUGUCGAGAGAAGAACGAACCCACAAGCGUCGGGUGGCGCAGGAGGACGCGUACGACAGUUGGUGGGCGACCCGAUAUGUUCCUGAAUUGGAUGAAACUUGA